AUGAUGAACAAUCGAGACGUUGGAGAGUAUCUAAUCGAGAUUGCUUGUGCUUGUAUCUGGUCUUUAUUCUCUUCAGGUAUUAUAUUUGGCUUUGCUGCUUUAAAACCGGUACUGAUCAAAGAAGGGAUAUAUUCUGAAUUAUGCAAAGAUGAUUUGAUGUGGUCAAGUGAAAUAUCAAGUGUCCCAUGUACUAAACAAGAUUUAAAGUUGAAUAACAUGUUUGCUGUUGCUGCCACAAUUACGAAUAUAAUAGCAUUGCCUGUCGGUUGGAUAUUGGAUUACUGUGGGCCUCGAUUAUCUGGGAUAUUUGGGGCAUUGUUUAUAGCACUAGGAGGUUGCAAUUUUAUAUUUGAUAGCUCAAUUGGCCAAUAUUAUGAUCCUUAUUUUGUUGGGUUUAUUCUACUAGCAGUGGGUGGCCCAUUUGUGUUUAUUUCUUGUUUCCACCUAUCAAAUAUCUUCCCAUCACGAGCUGGGACUAUAAUGGCCUUAAUUACAGGUACAUUUGACUCAUCAUCAGCGUUAUUUUUGAUAUACAGGAAGAUGUAUGAACGUUCUAACUACUCGUUUGGUUUACAAAGAUUUUUCAAAAUCUAUAUGAUUGUGCCAGUAUUCAUUUUAAUUUGUCAGAUUUUCAUAAUGCCUAGAGAUUCUUAUGAAUCACCAACUCCUUUAUAUAGCAGUAGUGAAGUUAUCGAUCCAGAAGAAGAUACCAAUGCAGAGGGAUCAGAAGUACCCACCGAAGAAGAUCCAUUGUUGGAAAGUAGAAGUUCAAGAUCGAGAAGGAAAUCAAGUAUUGAAACGGUCGCAGAAAGUAGAAUAUUUAGACAUAUCAACAAUAUAAAUGGUACCACUUUACAUCACGAAUCACUGAAGACACAGCUGUCCAGUCCUUGGUUUUACUUGAUGUUAAUAUUUGCAGCAGUUUGUAUGGUUCGAAUCAAUUAUUUUGUUGCCACAGUGAAAUCACAAGCGGAGUACCUGCUGGGAGAUGAACAGCUAGCUUCGAAAUUGAAUUCCAUAUUUGACAUACUUUUACCCUUGGGAGGUAUAGUUUCAAUUCCAAUAAUCGGGAUAAUAUUAGACCAUCUACAGUCCUUACGAGUAUUGUUGUUGCUAACAACAGUUUCCAUCAUAAUCGGAAUAUGUGGACUGAUCCCCAAUUCAUUUGAAAUAAAUCUAAUUGGAGUAAUCCUCUUCGUGGUCUACCGACCAUUCUACUACACAGUAGUGUCAGAUUACACAUCCAAGACAUUUGGAUUCCAAACUUUUGGAACAGUUUACGGCUUACUAACCUGCAUCUGCGGUAUAUGCAACAUGACUCAAACCUACUUAGACAACCUUACCCACACAAAUUUUUCAAUGAACCCAACCCCAGUAAACAUAACAUUACUGACACUAACAGUAAUAUCUGCAACCGCACUAAUAACCUUCAUCCACAGAGAACAACCAAACCAUACACCAAUCACAAAUUUCAGACACUCUACUCAAGAUGACAAUUCCAAUUCAAUCAACUCUUCCUCACCACCAUAA